CCUUAGCUAGGUUCAAGAUGGACAAGGGACUGACCAGACAGUUUGUGGCAGCUUUCAUAGGUUCGCUGUCAGUGAUGGCCGCCGGCUGUAGCUACGGAUGGGUGACUCCUCUACUCUCACAAUUCCACUCUCCGGACUCCCCUAUACCUCUCACGCAUGUAGAGAGCUCAUGGGCCGUCGCAUUGAUCGAGUUUGGCAACCUCUUCACUUCUAUUCCGGCCGGAUUAUUGGUUAAUCGCUGGGGUAGAAAGUCCCUUCUUUUGGCUACAGCGCCUGUCUACGUCAUGUCAUGGCUCUGCAUUGUGACUAUAAAGUCAGUCACAUCUCUCUACAUCGCUAGGACCAUUCAAGGACUCGCCAUGGGCGUCAUAUACACAGUGCUACCCGUCUACUUGGCGGAGAUCGGGUCCCAAGAUGUACGAGGAGCGUUGACGACAUUCUUCGAGGCCAUGUGGUAUACAGGAAUACUUAUGGAGUACAUUUUAGGUCCGCAUCUCUCUUUCACCUCGUUCACACUAGUCACUUGCUCAGUACCAAUAGUGUUUUUUGUGACAUUUAUUUGUAUACCGGAUUCGCCUUAUUACUACUUGAUGCAAGGCGAUCAAGUAAAAGCAGCUGAUUCAUUGAUUUGGUUGAGAGCAACAGCAGACAUCGAAGAAGAACUGUAUAGCAUGAAGAAGACGAUUGAAGAGGAGAGAGAACAGAACAGGUCUUGGAAGAAUUCAGUUGUGACUCGUGCUAAUGUCAAAGCUCUUAUGAUUGUCGAGAUCGUGGUUUUGACCAAGUUCAUGAGUGGGAUCGCUGCAGUAUUGUCGUAUUCUUCAGAUAUGUUUGCUUCUACUGGCUCUACCUUCACAGCUGACAACUCCACUAUCAUCAUGGGUGUUUUACUUCUUCUCACUACUAUAUUUGCUGGCGCUCUGGUUGACAAGGUGGGUAGACGACCACUGUUACUGAUUUCGUGUUUUGGUUGCUGCAUCACUGAGUUCAUAUCUGGUCUGUUCUGCUUCUUACAUACAAACUUCGCAAUGGACCUUUCCCCAUAUAGCUGGGUUUUUAUGACGUCUGUCAUGAUUUACUGUGUGAUUUUCUCCCUCGGCUUGGGGCCAUUAACUAACACCCUGAAAGGAGAGUUAUUCCCAUCUUUUACAAAAGGUUUUGGGUCAGGUUUGACGACUAUGACGGAUACCAUUUCAUGUUUUGUCUGCCUCAAAAUGUACCAAGUUGUUACUGACAGUUACGGGAUCUAUCUCAACUUUUGGAUUUUUUCUAGCUUUAGUCUGAUGGGGUUCAUGUUAAUCUAUCUCUUGGUUCCAGAGACUAAGGGCAAGACGUUUAUAGAGAUACAACAAAUGUUGAAUGAUAGUAAAGACGUCUCAGUCAAUACUACAUUACAAUAUGACUUUGAAGCUGAAACACAGCAAUGUAGCACUGAAGAGGAAGCUUAGGAUAAGUCAUACUUGCUUUACAGUUACAGUGACCUAAUUUUCGUUAUUAUUUUGGGUUUUUAUUAAUAUAAUUGUACUUAUUUGUUUGUACUCAAUGUAUUAAUUUUAUUAAACAGCUGAA